CGGUGUUAUUUUUUCUCCUCGCGGCGAAGGCAUGACGGAGUUCGAAAGAGGAGGUCGCAACAACGAGAAUCAUCAUCGGGGGGAAGCUUUCAUCACGAAGAAGAGAGACAGCAACAACAACGACAACGACGCGGCGUUUCUGAAGAGCAAGCGCCAGAGGAGCAUGGCUGAUCGCCAAGAAGAAGAGCAACAUCAGCCGCCGCAGACUCGCCGGAUGGUCACCGACGGUAUGGGUUGUGUUGGUUUGGUGGAGAGGUUGGCCCAGUCGAGUCAUUUUCUUGCCGUCCCCUCUCUCAAGACGACCAACUUGCCCAACCCCACGGACGAGGCUGUCUCGGAAAGCCGGCUGAUCCAGACCUCGCCACCAAAAUUAAUCAACCGCGAAGAGAGUAGCGGCACAGAAAGUAGCAUGAGCGGCAGCAUCGCUAACAGCAGCAGCGUUAGUAGCGCGAUGGAUGAUCGCGAGUCAGUUUUCACUCCGAUGACUAACACCGAGGGCGUCGCCGAGAUCGAUUCUCCCGCCCCACUCUCGAGCAGUUUCAGUCAAAAGAAGGGCGACUCGGUUCAACCCCCCGCUGACCGUAGCGAGCAGAGUUCGUCGAGCGACGAGUGGGUGUGCAGGGCAUUUGGGAAAGAAGUAUGCGAGAACGACAUUUCGCACCGCAUGUGGUCCUUGAGGAGGCGCGGCUUCGACGAGUAUGUCAUGCGAAUAAUGGAUGAGUGUGUGUAUGAGAGCGAUGACGAAGAUUUCAUGGCGUCCCCGGAGGGUAGAAGAAUCAAUUUGGACGCAGCAGUCGACGAACAGCAAGAAGAGGAAUUGGUAGCACAAAAGUAUGACGGCACCCACGCGCACGAGCCCCCGCUCCCCGAACCGAUAGUGGUGACGCCUGAAAGACUUCUGUUGUAGAUUUGGCGAUGACCCGAAAUAUUACACUGGUUUGUCGUCGUUCCCCUCAUCGCUCCU